CGGCGGGGUCGGGGUCCCCCGGCCGGGGAGCGCCGGGACGGCUGCGGGGCUGAGCUGGGCUGUCCCCGCCGCUGUCCCCGCUCUGGUCCCCGCCACUGUCAGCGCCGGGUCCGCGCCUGGGGCGGGCAAAGGAAACAGUGGGGCCGCUCUGCCCGUUCCCCCCGAGCCCCCAGCCCACCAUGGGCAGCCCUUCCAGCGUGACAAAGGGAUGCGAGCUCCGGGCACGGGCGGCUCCUGCCCGCUGGGCUGUGCCGUGGGCAUGGAAUCGCUAGGGAAAGGGAGCCAGAGCCGCUGCGGGAGGGGACCGGGAAGCCGGGACCGCGCUCAUCCUCUUUCCAUCCUUCCAUCUCUUCGUUGCCCAAGUCACUCCUUGUUCAAAGGAGGGAGCAGCGGGAGUUCACCAUGGCCCUGGCAGACCCCGCGAGCUGUGCCAAAGGCAGCGAGGACAGCAACCCCUUCCCUGACAUCAUCGAGCUGAACGUGGGGGGACAGGUGUACAUCACCCGGCACCCCACGCUGGUCAGCGUGCCCGGCUCGCUGCUCUGGGAGAUGUUCACCCAGAAGAGCGCACGCUCGCUGGCCCGCGACAGCAAGGGCCGCUUCUUCGUGGACCGGGACGGGUUCCUGUUCCGCUACAUCCUGGAUUACAUGAGGGACCGGCAGCUGGUGCUGCCCGAGCACUUCCCGGAGCGCGGCCGGCUGCAGCGCGAGGCCGAGUACUUCAUGCUGCCGGAGCUGGUGAAGCUGCUGGUGCCCAAGCUCAGCGAGCAGAACUCCCUGGGGGACGAUCCCUGCCAGAGCGACCCCGAGGAGCCGUCCCCCGGUGCGGACACCGCGCGCAGCCUGAGCUCGGCCGCCGCCGCGCCGCCCGGCGCCGCCGGCACCGAGGGCCGCAGGGCGGGGUUCAUCACCAUCGGCUACCGCGGCUCCUACACGCUGGGCAGGGACAGCCAGACGGACGCCAAGUUCCGCAGGGUGGCCCGGAUCAUGGUGUGCGGCAAGACCUCGCUGGCCAAGGAGGUCUUUGGGGACACCUUGAACGAGAGCAGGGACCCGGACAGGCCCCCGGAGAGGUACACGUCCAGGUACUACCUCAAAUUCACCUUCCUGGAGCAAGCCUUUGACAAACUGGCCGAUGCCGGCUUCCACAUGGUGGCCUGCAACUCCACGGGCACCUGUGCCUUCGCCCACGAGCAGACGGACGACAGGAUCUGGACCUCUUACACCGAAUAUGUUUUCUAUCGUGAGUGACACAAAACCAACCCUCCGCCAACCAACCGCUGACUGUCCCUUUCCCGUCCCAUGCUGGCUGUGGCCUAGAAGGUAGAGAUCCAUCCCCGAAUCCCGGCGUCCUCCCUUUGCCUGCUUUUCAGUUGGUUCUUGGGUUUUUUCCCUCCUCCUUGCUCCACGUUGAACCUGCCCAGCUCUUCCUUGUAGCAGCUGCUGACCACCAACCUUCCUCCCUCUCUGUGACUUCUGCGGUCGCUCCCAACCCUCCCUGGAUGUGUGGACUCGGACACUGCUGUGGAUGUGGGCUGGGUGGGAGGGGUGGGACACACUGGACGCUGCUCUGGGCUGGCAUUCCUGCAGCUGGAUGGGCUUGGACACUGGACUGGGCUCUCUGUCCUGUGCAGCUCCACGGGAUCCUGCUGCACACACCAGGACCUGCCAAGAGGGUUCAGAGAGAAAUCCUUGGGAUAAAGACAUGGGAAAGGUGGGAAGCAGAACCAGGGAGGGGGUGGGGGUUGGGAAGUGGCAGCCUGGCAGCACGGCUGGGUUGGCAGGAGCCCUGUAAGCAGCUUAGCCUGAGACUGGCAGCGCUUGGGAAGGGGAGAGGCUCCCCCUGUGCUCGCAGCUCUGAGCUGAGAUAUCGCCACGGCUCCGGGAUGCCUCGGGUGGGAUUUUGGGGGGAUUUUGGGGAGGGUGGGAGGGGCAGAUGUUCUGUGAGGGAGGUGGGGGGGAGCGGGGAAGGCUUGAUGUGCUCGGUGGUGUAAAAUACUUAUACAGAUCUCCAGCUCCUUGGAGCCUUGUCAGCCAAAAAGUCCCUUCAUUUUUUCUUGGGAGCACAACGGGAAUCACGGGGAUGAGGUUGGAAUGCUCCUGUGGUGGUCAGGCCACAACUUCACCCAGCAAAGGGAAUUGUGGCCAUUUUGGUGAUCUCCCAUGAGGUGUCUCCAAUCCCAGCUGUCCAGGCCCUCCUGGGGCUGGAGCUGCUGCUGCUCUCCCCCACUGGGCGAUGCAGAAUAAAGGGACAGCCCGGAGUGGCCGCGUGCCCACGUGCCCAGCUGGCAGAGGAGAGGGGAGGUUUGGUGGGGGGUAAAGGAACACAGAGUUAUCGGAGCCUCUGUGCCCUGCUUUGCCCCUCCUGUGCCUGCUGGGCAGGACCCCAGGACAGCAAAUCCCCAAGCCCAGCCCUGGGUGAUGCCCAGCCCCAGCUCCGGCACAUGGCCUCAGCCUGCAGGGGAGAUGAGCCUGAUGUCCCUGAUGUCCCUGUCUGCUGCCUGUGCCUGUCCCCUGGUUCUCUGCCACCCAUUCCUGGCACCCACCACCCAUUCCUGACAUCCACCAUCCACCCAAGGCACCCAUCAUCCAUCCCUGGCACCCACCCUCCAUCCCUGCUCCUGCACUCUCCAUCCCUGCUCCUCCCUCCAUCCCUGCUCCCACCACCCAUCCCUGCUCCUCCACCCUCCAUCCCUGCUCCCACCACCCACCCCAGCCCCUGUGAAGCUCCUGGAGCAGGAUCUCCUCCCCAGCUGGACAGCUUCCAAGGGGCUGUUCCUGCUUGGCAUUCAUGUGGGAGGAAGGUUUGCAGCUCCUUCCUAGAGAGGAGGGAGGGCUCUGGGGCCAGCAGAAGUUUCAAACUGGUUCUCCCUCUCUCCUGAAGAAGGGGAAGGCAAAAAUGGUAUUUUGACAUUUGUCAUGGUCCUGUUCCUCAUUCCAACAACCUUUGGAAGAGGAAAUGACAACAGGCUUUAAAAAAGACAAGAAAAAGGAACUUGAGCUGUGUGUGCACACAAAGAAAACCUUUAAAUAAAGGGGGAGGGGACCUGCAUUCCAUAUUUGCUUUAUCUUUUUGAACUCGAGAUUUUCCUAAAUAGGAUUGGGAAAAGAAAUUGCUGUCUUGUGGGAAAUGAGGCUCUUUUGAUGUUUUUCCCCACUGGAACUGGGCUGAAAAAUUGAUCUCCUGGGAGGAGGAAUUUUUGCCUGAGGGAGAAACCAGAAUGGCAGAGUCACCAUUCCAGGGGUUUUGAUGUGGCAGGUUCUGGGAUCAGGGCUGAUCCCCCACAGGAAACACGAGCAUGGGUUAUUCCUGAAUCCUUCCAGAGCCCGAUGGCUUUCCUGGAAACCGAGACUUCAUGAAAAAAUCCUUUUGUUGAGAUCCAUCUCCACAAAAAUACACCCGAUUUGGGGUUGUUUCUUUUCCUUGCAUGGUAUUUAUUUAUAGGAAAAGUAUUCUUGUCAUGGCUGGGCAGAGAACCUGGCUCAUUGAUCCCCAGGAAAGACCUUGGAUCAAAUAAGAUGGAAUUUGCUGGGAAAUGGUUGCAUGGAAAAGCAUCUCAUGGAGGUCUCCUCCUCUGAACAAUCCUGGCAAGCUGGGAAAAACCAGACAGGGAAAGGCUGGAGUGAGCUGGGAGCUCUCAAGGCCUCAGGGAGACAGUGGAGAACCAAUUCCCUGAUGCUGCCUGGUUUUCCUGAGAAUAUUCCCACAUUUCUGUGAUUCCCAGACCCCGAGCUCCUGCUGGGCCAUCCCUUGGCCUUGUCCAAAUCACCCAGAGCUGCUCUGCUGGUUCUGUCCUUGUAGUCCACCCGAGCACCUCCCACCCCCAGGCUGUCCCUAGGGAAAAUCCAGCCUUGUCCAGCUCCCUCCCUGCUGGAUUUGGACUUGGAGGUGUUUUUUUUCCCUUCCCACCAAGAGGACAGGACGCUGCUCUUCAGCUUUCUGCCAGUGCAAGCCAGGUUAAAGCAAGCUCCAGGUGCUGCUGGUGGCAGCAUCCCGCUCUUUUCCAGGAGCUCCAUCCCGAGAUCCUCCCCACCCACCGGGAGAGGUUUGGGAUGCCCCAGCUCAUCCCUGGGAAUGCUGGCACCCCGAGGGUGGGCACGUGGGCAGAGCACACCUGGAGCAGCGGUGGCUGGCACGUGCCAGGGGGGAUUAUCCACCUUGUCUGGGAAAACCGGGGCCGGCAGGGAUUCCCUGGAUUAUUGAAAUCUGCCCCGCCCUGAGGACUCAGCAGCCCUUCUCAUCCUGCUGGGAACGAGAGCUGAGGUCUGGGAUGGGUUUGGGAUGGGUUUGAGAUGGGUUUUAAGGUAAUGAGGUCCCAGGGGGCAUCCAGAUCCCGUGUGGGUCCCUGGGAAGGCGCCUGCCCCUCCCCGGAGCUCAGCACACACCGGGAACAUUCCCCUACAGAGCUCCCGGCUUCCCUCCGAGGGGCAGCGCAACCCAGUCUCUCAUUUCCAGAUUCCUGGAAAAGCCUCCAUCCCAAAAUAAAACCCCUGGUGGGAGGGAGGCAGAGCAGGAGCCGGGGCUGGCUCUGCCUUCCCAGGCAGGCACCUGCCCACAAAUUGCCGGUUGCUCCUCACAAAAACCGAGCUUAAGGAAAAGCCAAAUCCCAUCUGUCUCCAUCAGGCACUUCUGCCACCCUGCAGAACAUCUGGAAACACUUUGUGUCCUCGGCCUGGCUCCAGCCCCUCUCCAGGGGCACUCUUUGGAGGCAGAGGAGUCCCAAAGCUGAGCUCUCCCACCUCAUGGAGCAUCUCAAUCCCAUGGGAUGGGGAUGAGGACAAGGAGGCUCCUGUGGGCGUUAGAGGGGGACACAAAAAUCCCAUUUCCAGUCCUGAAAUCCCAUCCUGCCACAAAAAUCCAAGGGAUUUGAUGGAAUGUUGAAAUAGAAAGGAUUUGGUGAUGGAGGAGCAUUGAAAGGGGAGAAGCAGCUGGAAGUUGGAACCAUCCUCUUCCUCUCUCAAAUAACCAGGGAAUGGUUUGGCUUGGAAAGGACCUUAAAGCUCAUCCAGUCCAGCCCCACCCCCUGCCAGAAACAGGGACAACUUCCACCAUCCCAGCCUGCUCCAAGCUCCCUCCAACCUGACCAAAAUCUUAUUAAUUUUAAAAAUAAACCCCCAAAACUCAAAACUGCCUUUAACAACAUGGGAGGCCAGCACUGGGAAAAACCACUGGAGAGCAGGGGAGUUUUCCAAUUCCUGGUGCAGAAACUGCAGCCUGGAUGCUUUGUUUAGGAGGGGUUUAACAAAACAAGGGUUUGGGCUCAGUUUAGCAACUGCAGCUGCUGUGUUCUGACCACAGAGAGACCUCUGGGCCUCCUUCCCAGGGCUGUGGGAGCAGGAGGGGGAAGGCAGAUGAGUGUCCAGGUCUCCUGGAGGUUUUGGGAGCCGUUGGAUGUGUUGGAUUCUGGUGAGUGCUGGAGAAUUUGCCAAAUAAAUCUCGUUCAACCUGC